AGGGCUUAUCCUUGAGAUUGUGUGGGAGACACAACAAGGGGUGGGGGCCUGCAGGCGGGGCGGGGCGAAGCAGGUGAUAUCCAGCCCAGAGCCCCAGCCUCUCCCCACAGUCUCACCAUGGCCCGCACCGUGGUGCUCAUCACCGGCUGUUCCUCGGGCAUCGGCCUGCACUUGGCCGUACGUCUGGCUUCAGAUCCAUCCCAGAGCUUCAAAGUGUAUGCCACGUUGAGGGACCUGAAAACACAGGGCCGGCUGUGGGAGGCGGCCCGGGCCCUGGCAUGCCCUCCGGGAUCCCUGGAGACGUUGCAGCUGGACGUAAGGGACUCAAAAUCCGUGGCCGCUGCCCGGGAACGCGUGACUGAAGGCCGCGUGGACGUGCUGGUGUGUAACGCAGGCCUGGGCCUGCUGGGGCCGCUGGAGGCGCUGGGGGAGGACGCCGUGGCCUCUGUGCUGGACGUGAAUGUAGUAGGGACUGUGCGGGUGCUGCAGGCCUUCCUGCCAGACAUGAAGCGGCGCGGUUCGGGACGCGUGUUGGUGACCGGGAGCGUGGGAGGAUUGAUGGGGCUGCCUUUCAAUGACGUUUAUUGCGCCAGCAAGUUCGCGCUCGAAGGCUUAUGCGAGAGUCUGGCGGUUCUGCUGCUGCCCUUUGGGGUCCACUUGAGCCUGAUCGAGUGCGGCCCAGUGCACACCGCCUUCAUGGAGAAGGUGUUGGGCAGCCCAGAGGAGGUGCUGGACCGCACGGACAUCCACACCUUCCACCGCUUCUACCAAUACCUCGCCCACAGCAAGCAAGUCUUUCGCGAGGCGGCGCAGAACCCUGAGGAGGUGGCGGAGGUGAGCGCCGGGCUGGACUCCAGGAGUGGGGGCGGUGCGUCCUCCGGCGCGCAGCGGUGGCCACAGCUCUCCUCCCGCCGCCGCAGGUCUUCCUCACCGCUUUGCGCGCCCCGAAGCCGACCCUGCGCUACUUCACCACCGAGCGCUUCCUGCCCCUGCUGCGGAUGCGCCUGGACGACCCCAGCGGCUCCAACUACGUCACCGCCAUGCACCGGGAAGUGUUCGGCGACGUUCCGGCAAAGGCCGAGGCUGGGGCCGAGGCUGGGGGCGGGGCCGGGCCUGGGGCAGAGGACGAGGCCGGGCCCAGUGCGGUGGGGGACCCUGAGCUCGGCGAUCCUCCGGCCGCCCCGCAGUAAAGGCUUCCUCAGCCGCUGUCUCCCGCGCCCUUCUUUGUCCCAUGGGUCUGUGUGGUCCCUGGGGAUGGGGCGGCGGUAGCAGCUGUGGGUGGCUAAUUAAGAUAGAUCGCGUUAGCCAGUUUUACCAGCGCAGCUAGGCGCGAUGGCUGUCGCCUGUAAUGCCAGCGCUUUGGGAGGCGGAGGCAGGAGGAUCGCUCAAGCCCCCGAGUUGGAGACCAGGCAGAGCAACACAGUGAGACCCCCAUCUCUACAAAAAUAAAGAAAAUUUAAAAAUCA